UUUUUUUUUUUUUUUUUUUUUGCAUUUGUGGACAUCUGUGAAUCGUUUAUAGGUAAACAUUGUCUUUCUUCUAAAUAAAAAAAACAAACAAACAAGAAAAUAAGAGAUUUGUUUCGGAAAGAACUUUUGCCGGGAAGAAGGACAAUGGCGAACGGACCUUCGGUAAAAGCCAGAGUGCUUCUUCAGCAGUGUCUACAUGCAAAACUUCAAGUGAAACCUGCAGACGCUGACUCUGAGGCAGAAUGGGUUGAGAUUAAUCGUGGAAUGGUCAUCUACAUUUGCUUCUUCAAAGGUGCAACUGAAGAUAUGAUCCCCAAAAUGGUGAACACCCUCCUAAAUGUAAAGCUGUCCGAGACUGAACCUGGGAAAUACACCUCAGUUGUUGAUCUGCCUGGCAAUGUCCUCAUUGUACCUCAAGCAACACUGGGAGGGAAAGCGAAGGGGAAGUGCAUGCAGUACCACAACAACAUUGGUAAAGAGGAUGGCCAGAAGCUGUAUGCCAGUUUUGUCAGUCACUGUGAAAAGGAGCUGAGUUCGGCCCCCAAGUGUACCGAGGCUGGCACAGAAGUCAAACACGGGACCUACGGCAACAGACAAGUCCUAAAACUGGAUACAAAUGGACCGUAUACUCAUUUAAUGGAGUUUUGAGUACUGUAGUCGAAUUUAUUAACUGCCCCGGGAAAGUGCAAAAAUGAAGGAGGGGAAAAUUGUUUGUCAGAGUUUUGUCAUUAAUAAAUCUAAAAAUCAUUUUUCUUUGCUAUA